AUGGCUUCCUCUGAAACCCUUAUUUUCUCUCUCUUCCUCCUCUCUCUAAUCUCUCACACCUUCUCCCACCACCCCACCCCAACACCAACUGCGCUUGUCCUUCCAAUCUCAAAGCACCCCUCAGCCCUCCAAUACACCACCACACUCACCCAAAGCACCCCUCCCUCACCCCUCACUCUUGUCAUUGACCUGAGUGGCCCCUUUCUGUGGCUCUCCUGUGGCUCAACUCAUCACAGCUCUUCCACAUCCAAACCAGUCCAAUGCCACUCUCCCCAUUGCUCCCUACUACCCCAUUCCAACAAAAACUGCCACAAAAACAAAACCUGCAUUCUCCUUUCCAAAAACAAGUUCACCCAGAAGGUAUCAGCUGGUGAGCUGAGUGAGGACAUUCUCUCUGUCCAAUCAACCAAUGGGUUGUACGCUACUUCCAUCGUCUCGGUCCCGCGAUUUCCCUUCUUGUGCCUUGCACAGGAAUCGCUAUCGCUCGGUCUAGCUACCGGGGCGAAAGGGGUAGCCGGCCUUGGCCACGACCGGCUGGGGUUGCCGGCUCAGCUGGCCCACGCGUUUAACUUCAGCCGGAAAUUCGCCCUGUGUCUUUCUCCCUCUGCUGACGCCGCCACCGGCGUUUUGUUUUUCGGCGAUGGGCCUUAUGCUUUUUCUCCUGGUAUUGAUGUUUCCAAGUUACUUAUUUUCACUCCCCUUAUCCACAAAAGUAGUACUUAUUCAUUUGAGUACUUUAUCAAAGUUAAAUCCGUAAGGGUAGAUGGAAAGAAUUUACCCUUGAAUUCAACUUUGCUGACGAUGAUUAGCACGGUUCACCCUUACGGUAUUUUAGAAUCCUCUGUAUACAAACAUCUGGCUCGGGGUUUUAUCGAGGCCGCGAAUGCUACUAGAGUUGCACCGGUACCGCCAUUUGACGUUUGUUUUAGCACGCGGAGCGAAAACGGAGGUCUAAUGAGGCCGGCCAUGCCGGUUUUAGACCUUGUUUUGCAACACGAGAAAGUGUUCUGGAGGAUUUUCGAGAGUAACUCAAUGGUGCCGGUGGGGAACGACACAACUUGCCUAGGCUUUUUGGACGGAGGUCCGAAUCCAGGGGCUUCUAUCAUCAUUGGAGGGCACCAGUUGGAGGAUAAUCUGUUACAAUUUGAUUCGGUUUCAUCAAGGUUAGGGUUCACUUCUUCACUGUUCUUGAGGCAGACAGAUUGUGCUAGUUUUAACUGGCAUUGA